CUCCGACGCCAUGAAAAAAAUAAGCAGAACGUGCUCACACAAUAUAUAAAUAUUUUAUAUUACUUGCUAUUAGACCACAACUGGGUUUUCUGUUUUAUUUUCCCCUGAUCGUUAGAGAAGGUAGUCUCCCUUUUCAGCAUUCUAACUUAAACCGAAUAAACGCCAUGCCACCUUUAGCCACUGCGGUACAACUUCAACCUGAAGACGAUGUCAAAUUGCCUGGCAUCAACGCCAUUCUCCUCGGACCCCCGGGUUCGGGUAAGGGAACACAGGUAAACAAUACCUUUUGUUUGUGACUCGCGUUGCAAAUAAUAUAUAUCUACUGAUUUUAAUUUUAGUUGUUUUUUUUUUUAGGCUCCAAAAUUAUUAGAGAAAUUUUAUUUGUGUCACCUGGCCACAGGAGAUAUGUUACGCUCUGAAGUAGCUUCAGGCUCCCAACUGGGCCAGACAGUAAAAAAAGUCAUUGAGUCAGGUAAAUUUGUUGACUCUAUGUGAACAAUAACUAUGAGCGUCUUGACUGUUUCUUCGGUGAUGGUGGUACUAAGGGUGUCAGUGAUUGAAUUGGGUCAUAGAAUCGGGUACUUCUACUCUUUCUUUUUUAAACAUAUUUUAAUUUUUCUCUUCUAAUUUUUAUAAAUUAAAUAAGUACAACAUAUUAUACUUUUUAGAAUCCGACUUGUAUAUUUUCGUCAGAUAUCUUAUAUUAUCUUAUAAAGACAUUAUGUUCACAUUUUACCAAAUUAGUUUUUCAAAACUUUACAUCAGAUGUGUAUGAAUCUAUAAAAAUUUUAUAUUUUAAUAAGGGUUCUUCAAUCACAAUCAGCUAAAAUUCAAAAUAUGUUUAAUGACAAAUGUCGUAAAAAAUGAUACUUGCUUUCGGCAACAAAUCAUUUUAUAAUAUUUUAUAGUAAUAUUCAUUACUCUUAUUUAAUCUGACUCUUAGUAUAAUUUCAUUUAUGAGUAAUUAAAUUAAUUUGUUUUGUAGUAUAUUGUUUGAAAUAAGUGUAUUUAUAUUUUGUAUUCAAAUUUAAGUGAUUUAUAUUGCUACUUCAAAUUGAUAUUUAGAUUAAAAUUAUUCUUAAUAAAAUUAUAAUUUUAGGUGGUCUAGUUAGCGAUAAUCUUGUUGUCGAUUUGAUUGAUCGAAAUUUAGAUAGGCCAGAAUGUAGACAAGGAUUCUUAUUGGAUGGUUUCCCUCGAACAGUACCACAAGCUGAAAAAGUAAAAUAUAAAAUAAUGAACUAAUUAUAUCUUAAAUAAUUUAUAAUAUUAAUAUAAAAAUAUACAUUUAGUUGGACACUCUUUUAGAAAAACGGAAAACCCAGUUGGACUCUGUAAUUGAGUUCAAUAUAAGUGAUAAUCUGUUAGUACGUCGUAUAACAGGUCGUUUGAUUCACCCAGCUAGUGGCCGUUCUUAUCAUGAUGAAUUUCAUCCACCAAAGGUUGAUAUGAAAGAUGAUGUAAGUUUGAUUUAAAAUAUAAUAUUGCUAAGUAUUAUUGUCUGUUGUCAAAUAUUUACUAAGCAAAUAAUGACUAAUCUAUAGGCGCCUUAAUUUUAAUUUAUCUCACAACACAAUAUUUAUUCAUAAGGUUGGGAUUUCUGUGCAAUUCACAACCUAGAAUAAUUUAUAUUAAAAACUGAAGGAAAGAUGACCCAAAAGCUAUUAUAUUUAUGAUAGUCUUAUUUCAAUAUUAAUUUUGUCUCUAUAAGUAGCUUUUUUCAAUUUUUGUAGUUUUAUUUUAUACAAUGUAUAUAUAAUAAAUGUUUGUAUUUCAAAAGCGUUCAUUAAUAAAUUAAUAUAAAUACAAUAAUGAAAAAGUUAUAUUUUAAACAUUUGUCUGUUCUUUUUAGUUAACUGGUGAGCCAUUAAUUCGCCGUAAUGAUGAUAAUGUAGAAGUUUUAAAAAAACGUCUUGAUGCGUAUCAUAAGCAAACAACUCCAUUAAUAGAUUAUUAUCAGAAAAAAGGUAUUUAUAAACUCUAAUUUAAUAAUUAUGAAUUACAAAAUAUUAUUAUUUAUUAUUUAGGAAUUCAUUCUAAAGUGGACGCCUCCAAGAGUCCUGGUGAAGUUUACAAAAUGGUUGAAAAUAUAUUUUUGCGUUGUUCAAAUUCAGCCAAUAAAGAUAGAGUAAUAUUUGUUUGAAACAUUCCAAUUUUGAACUUUGAUGUUUUAUAAUACAAACAUUUAAAACAUGUAAAAUUAUUGAAUUUUUCAUUUUCUCAUUAAGUUUUAAUAAAAUGAUCUGAAACCAUAAAACUAUAUUAGAAAAUGGCAUAUAUUUCUGUGCUCCCUUAUAUUAACCAAUAAUAAUUAUUUUAGGUGUAUAUAUAAACAAAACCAGUGAUUUUAAGAUGUAAGUAUGUAAAUUUGAAUAUUUACUAGGGAACUUAUCAGAUUUAAUAUUUUUUUGUAUUUCAUACAUAAUAUACAUGCAUAAACAAAAUUAAAAUAACAGUUUUUAAAAAAAAAUUGUUUAAUGUUUUCUAGUUAUCCAGAUUUAAAUUUGGUUAACUCUUUGGCUUUUAUUAUAUUACACAGUCCAUUUGUAUAUUUAUAUUUAGUAAUUAAAUCAUCAUUUCUUUAUGAAAUUAUUCCUUUUUUUCUACUAUUAUUUUUGUAUUUUAUACAGUAUGCUAUUUCUAACUAAUUUGGUAGUUGAAUAAAUAGUGUAUUUGUAUAUGUAUGUUAUCACUUAUUAUUUUGUCCCAGUAUUAAAUAAAGUAAUUGAAAAGGUUAGUGAAAAAUUAUAGUUUAUUUUUACUCUUCUUUUAUUUAUUUCUAAUAAACAUUAGUUUUAAAAACUACAAUAAAAAAAAAAGGAAAUUCCAUAAUAUUAAUGUUAACAAAUGUCUUAUUGUAGGCCUUUUUUUCUCAGUUAUUAGAUACUCUGUAUACUAGGUAUACAGUUGCUAUCAAUUUUAACUUUGAAUUUUAUUUAAUGAUUGUAGUGUUUUAAAUUAUAGUAGUUUUGUAAAACCAACUAGCCUUCAUAGUUGCUGAAAUAUUAAACAUAAAUAAAUUUAAAGUAAUUUGAAUUUUUGAGGACCUAAUAGGUACCUAUAUAAUAUACAUAUGGACAAAUUUGAGUGGUGAGAAAAAUAUUUGUAGAAAUUAAUUUAUUAAACUUUAUUGAGUAGAUAAGCCAUAUUUUAAUGUGCAGAUAGUAAUUUUUUAAAACCAUAAUGUGUAUAUUUUCUAAAUAUAAACAUAAAACAGUUAAAAGAAAAUAAAGUAUAUUAUACUUUUCUCUAGUAAAAAUGGAACUAAAAAAUAAAAGCAAUUGUGUGUGGAGUCAUAAAAUAAAGUAAUAAUUUAAAUCAAAAUAUAAUAUUUUAAAACCGAUAUGAAUUUUUACAUAGAACUGCACAUUGAAAAAUUGUACAUAUUUCAUAGUAUCUCAUGUAUAUAAAUGUAUAGAUUUGAAUAAUAAUUUAUAGUUUUAUUGCUCAAUAAUAAAAAUUAUCAUGUAUGUUUAAAUUAUUAUGAUAAAUUACUAAUUAACUAUUAUCAUUAUUAACUAUUAAUAAAUUAACUAUUAUUGAUUUAUCAACAAUUUGUAAAUGGCAUUUCCCAUUGGCUAUUUGCCAAUCAAUUUUUUACAUAAACCAAAUAAAUACUAUAAACUAGGUUUUUGAAGUGAUGUAGGUACACCAAUAUUUAUCAAUACCUAAAUAAUUAAGACUUAGAGAGAAUAAGAAGAUAUAUUUAUUAAUAUCUAUGUAGUAUCACUAGUAUCCCAUAGACUAUCAGAAUACAAUAGUACGUAACAAUCAUAAUAAUAAUAUUAUUAUUUAUCAUUAUGAAGGCAGUGUCACAUUUAGGGGUUAAACCCCCCAAUAUUUUUUCUAGUUCUAUUCAUUACUGAAGUAUCAUUAAAUAUUCUUGACAAAUGACGAAAUAUUUUAAAACUACUUUGAAAACUUCUAUUAUGGAUUAAUAAUUGGAGAUUACCAAACCAAAUAAUAUUAGGCUUAUAUAUAUAUAUUACACGAAUACAUUGUGUAUAUACAAAUAUAUAAAAUUAAUUAUACUGAUAUGGGAAAUUACUCAGUAAAUUUAAGUGUUAAAUUAGUUUUAAUUUAUUCAGACAAAUUGUUUAUACUUUAUUCCCAUCAUAAUUUUACUAUAAUUAAAAAUUUAAGUAGCAAUGCUAAGAUUCUUACAAGAAAAUUACAACUUAUGAGGUUUUAAGGUAUAUUAUAAUCAGAUAUAAAUUUAUGAUGAAGCUAUGUUAAUACUUGUGAAGAAAAAGUAUUACUAGGAGUUAGUACAGUCCCCCAAAAUAUGUCACUUGCCACUGUAUGAAGGUACCUAUUAUUUUAUAAAAAUUUAAAAUAAUAUAUAAUUAUUAUAUUCUAUUAUGCAUUACCUAAAAGAUACACAGAAUAUUAAAAACAAAGUUUACAGAUCAAAAUUGAUAGUCUAUGAAUAAAUCAUAAUAUUGUAUGAAACAAUUUAUUUUGUAUUGAUGUACAGGGAAAUUUUUUUUAUCCACUUUUAUACACUUAGUGUAAUGCAUAUCAAAAUUUCUAGAAAAAUAUUCUAUUUAAAUUUGUGUUCAAAUGCGGUUUUCCUAUUUGAAAAUCAAAAAUAUUUACUUAUUUAAGGUACAUGGAAUAGGGUUAAAAAAUUAAAAAUGGUUUUAAAAUAAAGCUUAUACGAUUCCAUAAUGAUUAGAAAAAACAGAAAUUAAAUUAAUUUAAAAAACUCCAAGAUAAUUGCUGAUUCAUAAUAAUAAAAUCACCCUGUACACAAAUUUAAUUACAAUACUACUGACAGUAUUUUAGUUUUUAUUUUAAUAUCAUAAAGAGAUUAGAUUUUUCUUCCUUAAACAUUAUUUUGUAUUCAAUGAUUUAAUAAAAAAAAUAUUUAAAUGAUUACAUUUAAUAUGUUUAUUAGAAUCAUUACCUGUGAACUAUAUUUAUAAUAUAUGUGUUUGGAAUCUAUUUGAGUAUUUAAUUAUUUCUUGAACUGUUACUAAUGUACUCACUUGAAAUUAAUGUUUGUGUAUUAAAGACAGUUAUAGGUGUAUAAGCAUAGGUACUUAAUAAUAAUAAAUUAUUAUGAAUUUUAAUCUAUAUAUUAUAAUAAUUUUAAUUUUAUAACCUGAACAGUAUAAUUACUUCAAAUACAAAUAUGCAUAAUAGGUGUAAUGUAAAAUGUAUACACGGCUAAACAUACAAAAUAUUAUAUAAUUAGGUAUAUGAUACAUAAUAUUUGUUUUACAAGUUAGGUGUAGGUACCUACUAAAUAAUAUAAUAAAUAUAAUAACAUAGAAUAACUAUACAAAUUAACAUGACAUGUGCAUGAACAUGAAUAUUAUAUUACAUGCUUAUAAUAAUUAUUUUAUUUUUUAAACAUUAUUUGGGAUUGUAGAAUCGCAUCGACAUACGCAGCAAGAAGGGAAUAAAAACCAAUCCAUAAAUAUUCCUUUGCAAUCGUUAUCGGGAUCAUAAGCCAAUAGCCUGUGCCAUUUGUAUUUUUGCUCGCAUCCGCAAUCUCCCGAACAGCGUGAAGUCAAAGUCUUGCUGAAAAAUAAAAAUGGUAAAACACCAUUAAGUUUUAUUUUAUUAUUGUCUGCUAAUCCCCUCUAAAAAGGUGUUCAAAAAAUAAUAUUUUCA